CGGAUAUAUUGUGGACGCUCUUUCAGACAUAGAUCCGUUUCAAAAUGCCAUCUGACGUCUUCCAUCCAGAUGUCCUAACAUACCACCAAGGCCUAUGCCAUCUGACGUCUUUCCUCCGGAUGUCCUAACAUACCACCAAUGCAUAUGCCAUCAAUCCAAACAUAUGCUAGAGCGUAUGCUGUUUUCUACAUGCAGAUGACCUUUUGUGGUGAGGGUGAGUAUUGGACUGAUUUAUCAGUUUUAUCACUUUGCAAUUUUUUCACUCCUCACUCCGACUGACAGGGUAUUCCCGGUACAUCACUAUAAUAUUCGUCUUCACACAUGAUAGUAGCGUCUCUUGUCUCGAGGCACUUUUCUCAAAUAAUCUCGUUCUAAGAAUAAGAAAGAAAUGAAUUUAAGAAAUAUAAAAAUUGUAUGCAAAAUUAAAUCGUCGUAAUAUUUUUAUAAAUGCUUCUGAUUACACAGAACAGAUUUGAUUUACGAGUCGUUCUCAUCAUAAAGGGGGAAAAAAACUGUGCUCUCCACGAUAUUUUAUAGUAUAAAUGUAUUCCAUAAACACACAAGUACACACACUUACAGACAUACACACUAACACACACACGCGUGCCCGUGUGCAUGAUCCCAUCAUCAGAUAUUACUUCACAAUUGUGAAUUUGUCUGCACAUUAUUUACGUUCAAAUAUUUUACGACACCCCCUCUGCUUUAACGCUGUUCUCUAAAAGCAAGGAACUGUGAAUCAUUUCCUUGUUUAAUAUGCCUAUUGUCCUAUCGAUUUUAGCGUAUCUAAGUCUGGUAACGUUGUAAGUGUUUGAAUGUGUCUAGGCUACAUGUUAAUAUGCGUUACAGAUUGUCUGUUGUAAGGAAGGGCAUAGAUUUAGUGAUAUGUAAAUAAAAAUAUAUACAUCAAUGGACAAAUAUUGCGUUAAUUACUGAUGCAAAAUAAUUAACCUAUUCCAUUGACUAAUUUUACAUGGAGUAAGAUAUAAAUAUAAUAUGAGGGUUGAAAAGUUGUAAAGAGUAUACAAUCCCAAAGUGUAAAUGUCUUCUUAAGCUAAAAUAGAAACCAUUGACGUAUCACGAGUGUGAAUGAUGGAGGAAUUCUGAGCUAUGCAACAGAGACAAUAUCAAUAGUUCAUGGUUUAUAAUGACGAUUUAUCUUAUUAUGAAAUAUUGUAAUUAUUCAAAUGCAAUGUCGGAACAAUGAACAUUUCUAAAGUAGCAAACACAGAUUAAUUUAAAUUUAUAUAAUUCAUAUAUAUUUUUAAAAUCAUUUUUGUGAACAACGAAAUAGAUAACUUUUGCUCCAUGUACUCAUAUAAUUUGAGAAGCGCUGAAUUGUAUAUACCCCGAUCUGACUCAAAAGAUUUAACGAUUAAUCAAUAGCCCUUAUGACUGAAAUCAAGUUAUAAGUAUUGGAAAACUUUGCAUUUGUUAAAGAAAGACAUUCGCUUAAUGUGGUACGUUAGUCAGUGAUAUGGUUUUUUGUGGAAGGACAAGUGUGAUUGUUAUUUACUUUUGGACUAUAAGACAUCAAAUGGUUGACCACAGCUCGAAGGAUCUCUUUGUUAACUCUGUGUUGUUCUAGAUUUUUAUCCUACCAAAAACUGAAAUAAACUAUUGAACUUCUUCCACACACUAUUAAAAGAAAGAAAUAAUAAUACAGAAAUUAUUAAUUACUGUACGAGGACGAUUUUCAAAUUAAAUUCUCAAUAUUAUGAUAAAAUGUUCUAUGGAGUUUAUACCGGACAACUUCUAAGGACACAACAAUUAAACUACAGCUACACACCAGAGUUGUUAUAGGAAAAUUUGUAAUAACUGAGAUACUAGAGAUCUGGAAGUAAGCUUAAUAAAGAUUACACUACUUAGGACUAACAUUCAAACAAUAUUUGACAACAUUAUGACUUUGGAAGUGUUAUUGAAUUUUUUAAGAUGUCAGACAAUAAAACGGAAAAGUAUAUCAUACAAAUAUUUCUGCUUUUAUUGAUUGUACUAGCUACAUCAACACCAUCAAUAUCUUUGAGAAGUCAAGGUGAUUGUGAUCCUAACAUUCCAUCAAGACCUGUUCCUCUGCCUCUAAAUUUUGUUGCGGAUGUUGACGGAAUCAAAUCAAAAGUUUGUGGCGAAGGAGAGUAUCUGGACUGGUUUGAAUGUAAACCCUGUGAAGAUGGAACAUUCAUGACACCAAAGAUGGCACAAGAAGGGAAACAUUCAAUUUGUCAGAGAUGUUACGAGACAAGAAUGGUGAGUUCCUGUAAGCUAUAGAAUGGUUGCCUGGUUUUAUUACUGAAAGAGCUUUUCUUGUCCGUAGUUUGGUCAAUAUAAAUUUAAUUGCUUUAAAAAUCAUUAAAACAUUUUUUUGUUAAAAAGAAGACUUUUUAACAAUGACACGUUUAAACGCAUUAGCAUUUCAAUUAAAUAUACAUAAAGUGCAUAACAAAAAGAAAAAAAUAAGAAAAAGAAAAAAAACUUACAUAGUGUCUGUCAGCAGCCUAUGAGGUUAAACGAUUCCAAAUGGUUAUCGACAAACAUAUUUUUUAUAAAUUAAUAUUUGGAACAUAUGUUUUUGCAUAGACUUUCUUUGCAUAACGCAAUUUAAGGAUAUUUCAUUGUUUUCUAAUUUUUAGUGCUUGUAAACACCUCUUUUAAAGGAUGUGUUUUUCUUAUAGGUUUUUAAAUAUAUUAUUUAUAUUCUACUUUUCAGUAAUAAAAUUGUAAUCAUUUAUAUCAUCGAAAAAGAAGAGUUAUUUCCUCUAUGUUUAAAAUCCCCAAAAUCCUAACAUUUAAAUUUUAAAAAAAACGCCUACCCACCCUUCAUGGAACGAAGUAGAUGCGAUGUUGACACAAUUAAAUUUUAAUGAGACAAUCAACUCCUUUUAAGGUGACCACUUUACGAGAAAACGAUCGAAUGAACGAAAAGGUCGCAUGUGGAAAACAAACAAUAACGCUCCAUCCACAAGAUGGAAAUACAAGUAGAAAGAAAAAAACAACAACUUUAAAUAUAGAGUUCAGACAGUAGUUAGUGAGUGGUGAACAAUGACAUUCACCUUCUCUAUUUCCAACCAUGAUUCAAUGUAUAAUCAAAUGUACAGUGCGCCAUUAUUAUUUUUUUCUCACUCUAGUACGAGAUUGUUGUAGAACCGUGCACCAAGACAAGAGACGCUAAAAUCAUGUGUGAUGAAGGAUAUUAUAGGAUUGAAGUACCGGGAAAAGCAUGCCAGUCUGAAUGUAGACGGUGUGACGUGUGUGGUGUUGGUAGCAACAUGUUCAAGAACUUUGAAGUACGCGCAUGUGACGAGUACAAAAGUACAGUAUGCUGUCAUGGUGCUGACAUGGUUGAGGUGAAUGGUGAAUGCAUUCUUCAAACUACAACAACGAUUUUAACAGCGACAACAACAAAAGACACAUCUAUUCCUCACCCUUCACAUUUUUUUACUGAAGUUACACAUUCACAAACUAAUGAAAGUCCUUCUAAUAAGAUUCUAAAACAUAAUUUAACUCUGUUUUUAAUGAUUACAUUGGUGAGGUUGACAUUUAUCUCUGAAUUUCAGCUAUCAUUCUAAUAACAUAGACAUUGGCAAUCAUUGAUUUUUGUGCUUUAGCCAUAAGAACAGUUUCUAGUGGUGUAAACGUGCUUUGCCCUACCUUACUUCAGAGAGAAGAAUUGAAAAAAUGAAGCACCUUCCCUUAACUACCACCACUAUCCCCCCCUGUCACCCAGGCUAGAAUAAAUAAUGAUUUAGAUAUAAAAAAAAUUUGUAGUAAAAAUAUAUAUAUAUUUUUUUUUUAAAAUUUUGAAUACAAGUUCAUUUAUAAUAAUUGUUUAAUUAAUUAUUCUUUUUAUUUUCCUUAAUUUUUCCUCUGUUCAAUUUCUCCCUCCUAUUUUUUUUUUCAAAUCAUCCCUUUGGAUUUCAAUUUAAUUUUUGUCCUUCCUUCUGCCACCCCUGAAAUGUUGCCACCCUGGGUGGUCGUCUCGCCUUAACAGUUAUAAUUUAAAAUUCAACUUCGAAUUAUGACAGUACUAUGGCUUUCAAAAUGUAUUAACUAAAUGUUUCUAUGGAAGGGAUUAGGACUCCAGUGGGCGCUCCAAAUGGUCUACAGCCAGAGAACAUAUGUCUACCUCUGCCACUUAACUUAAACUUUGAGUAUGGGAUUACUUUGAUGAAUUUCCGCCCCCCCCCCCCUUAACAUGUAAACAUAGCUACGCCACUGCCAUGCGCUACUUUUCAAAUUGGCGUUGACAAUCACGAAAUUUAUUUUUCCAUUGGGUGAGCUUGACACAUGAAACGUCCCAUCCAGUUAUUACCGGUAACACUUUAUCUCAUCAUGAAGUACUAGAUGUUAACUUUAUCUCACCAUGAAAUACUAGAUGUUAACUUUAUGUCAUCAUGAAGUACUAGAUGUAAACUUUAUCUCACCAUGAAGUACUAAAAUUUAACUUUAUCUCAUCAUGAAGUACUAGAUGUUAAAUUUAUCUCAUCAUGAAGUACUAGAUGUUAACUUUAUCUCAUCAUGAAGCACUAGAAGUUAACUUUAUCUCAUCAUGAAGUACUAGAUGUUAACUUUAUCUCAUCAUGAAGUACUAGAUGUUAACUUUAUCUCAUCAUGAAGUACUAGAU